CCGCCCCUUCUGCUCUCCACAAUCUCCCGAGUCAUGCGUAACUAUACCAGUCGCUGUAGAGCAGCUUUUGGAUUGUCUUCUCUGCAGCCCGAGAUAUAAUUGGGGAAAAAACCCUGGAUGUAGUCUCUCGGGUUGUAAAAUUGCAAACAACAGCAGUUGAGCUAGCAACAGUUUGACAGGAGAUUUCUAUGUACUGAACCACAGGUUGUAACUAAUAGUCAUGAGAGAAUGAGCACCUUACAGAAGGAGAAAAGGUUGAAACUGGAAGCUGACUGUCACUCUGACUGUUUCUCUGACAGAAGUGUGGAGGAAGCCACUACAACACUCCGAGAUAGCUUGUCCACCAAUGAGCCAACAUCAAGUAUGGAUGAAACUGGAAUGGAAGUGAACAGCAAUAUCUGUGGAGGCGGGAAGGAGGACGACAUAAGUGAUCGGAAUAUUUUGUUUGAGUGCAACGAGAAGCAUACUUGUCAGUCACAAGAAAACCAAGACAGCCAUUUUGAUGCUUUGCAAAGACAGAAACCGUCACAUGACCAAAAAUUCGAAGAAACUACAACAAGCGCUAACUUCAACAAAGAGGCAGCAGCAUAUGGACAGAUUUCACCAAGUAGAAUUGUGAGCGAUAAUGCUAUCCCCAAGACUGAGACGACUCUUAUGUCUAACUCACCGGAUGCUAGUCUUAACAAGGCAGCAAUUGAAUCUACAGAGAAGACAAAGCUAGAUCUCAGUUUAUCUCAAAACACGAGUGCUGAUGUGGAGAUGGUGAGCCCAGAGAGCCCAACUAGUAAAUCCAUGCUGAUAAACAGCUCAGAGGAAAGACCCAAUGCCUGCACAGAGUCUCAGGCACCUUGUGCUCAAUCCUCUUCUCAUGUAGAGUCCACUAACAUCGUUGACCCUAGAGUCGGACCUGUGACCACCAGUGAGCCUGACGUGACCGAUAUGGAAACGGAUAACUCUGACGUCCCUGUCUCUGGUGAAAAUUCGUCAUUUGCGAGUGAAGACUCCCAGUCACAAACAUGUGUGCCAAUGGCACACAAGAAGUGUGCGGACGGUGACAAGAAGUGGUUGGGAACUCCUAUAGAGGAGCUGAGGAGAACGCCUGGAUGUGCUCAGGUCCUCCCCCCACUUAGGGCAACAGAUACUCACAAAGUGCUCAUCAGGACCGACACGCUCAAAGAAGGCAAGGUCCCUGUACCGUAUCCGAGUGAGUUCCGAGAUGCCUGGGAUGAUAUGACUGUCAAGAUGCCCUACUCAGAAAAAAACCUUUUUCCUAUGGAGAACGGGGAAGGAGUGCAGAGUAGGUGGGAGCUGAUUAUGUCUGCCCUGGAACCUGAUUGCAAAAGUUCCCUGGAUAUUCGGGAUGCUAUAUUAACCUACAACGCAGCACAUGCAAAGAAAUGGGACUUCACAGCUCUCAAUGUCCUCUGCACUGAUGGCCUGGAGCAUACAGAGACACAGCAUCUGUUUGACGUUGUGCUACCAAGGAUGGUGAAAUUAGCUUUGAAUGCACCCAAAAUUUGUACCCAGCCAAUCCCCCUGCUUAAGCAGCACAUGAAUCAGUCCCUGACUCUGUCCCAGGAACAAAUUGCCUGCCUUCUGGCCAAUGCCUUCUUUUGUACGUUCCCAAGACGUAACUCGCGCAAGUCAGAGUACUACAACUACCCUGAGAUUAAUUUCUACAGAUUGUUCGAAGGAACCGCUCAUCAGAAGAUUGAAAAACUCAAAACUCUACUUUGCUAUUUUAGAAGAGUCACCACUGAAAUGCCCACUGGUCUCGUGACAUUUACAAGACAAAGCCUGAACAGUUUUCCUAAAUGGGAAAGCUUGACUACCCAGCUUACACAGCUUCAUAUCGCCUGCGAGGGGACCAUUGAGGAUCAGGGGUGCGGCAUGCUGCAGGUGGACUUUGCUAACAGGAUGGUAGGUGGAGGGGUGAUAGGACAAGGGUUGGUCCAGGAGGAGAUUCGCUUUCUCAUCAACGCAGAGCUUAUUGUCUCGCGUCUCUUCACUGAGGCGCUAGAGCACAACGAGUGCCUUAUUAUCACAGGCACUGAGCAGUACAGUAAGUACAGCGGCUAUGGAGACAGCUAUAGAUGGAAGGAGAACUACAAAGAUGAGAUUGAAAGGGAUAAGUGGCAGAGAAAAUAUACAGAGAUUGUGGCAUUGGAUGCACUAAAGUACAGACACUACAUGGAGCAGUUCCACCCUGACAAAAUUACAAGGGAACUCAAUAAGGCAUACUGUGGGUUUGUGCGACGUGCCGUCAGCCCUGAGAACCUCUCAGCCAUUGCCACAGGAAACUGGGGGUGUGGUGUAUUUAGAGGAGACACACGACUCAAAGCCCUGCUGCAGCUAAUGGCCGCGGCAGAGGCUGGCAGAGAUGUGGCUUAUUUCACAUUUGGUGACGCAGCACUCAUGAGGGAUGUCCAUAAUCUGCACACAUCUCUGACUGCGAAACAUGUCACAGUGGGCAAACUGUAUAUCCUCCUGAAGCAGUAUUUUAAUGUGGUGGUGAAGAACAGCCACGGUCAGCGGCCUGAUGUCAGUCUUUAUGGCUUCAUCUAUGACCAGAUCAGCUCAGAUUGUCCUCCUGAGCCUGCUGCAGCCUCCUCUCCAGCUCCUGAUGGACAUUAAUGCUGGCCUGUCAUGAACUGACAUGAACCCUUAGUGCUUCCUUCUUCUUUAGAAAAAGAUAUUUUAGGGUUUUGUAUGAAGUGAAGGACAUCUGUAUAGCUUUAUACAGAGUGCGAAAUGCCUCAAGUCACAAUAAACUAAAUAUUUGACUCUAGAGAAGAGCAACAGUGUACUCCCGGUGGCUGGUUAUUUGUCUUUCCACAUUUGUCAGGAAUAUAAUCAUGUCCAGGUCUAUUGCAUGGUGUUGAAUUUUUCACUUUGAAAUUAGGUGACACGGGCAUAUUAAUGGAUGAUUAUUAACAGGGCACUUAUACAGGUUCAAUACAGUAUGAUAAAACAAUAUAUUACAUGGUAUGCAUGAAAAUUCUUUCCAAUACUUGGGGACAUUCACUGUUACCCAUGAUUAUGAAAAACGUAUAAAGUGACAUUUAUGUUGGGUUCAGAAACAUUGUUAUAAUUGAGGUGCCAAUAUAUAAAACCUUUAAUUUAGAUUUAAAAUAAAAUUUUCUCUCAGUGAGCAGUCACACAAUUUCCUUUUAUGUGUAAUGUUGCUAUAUUGAAUUUAUCAGCUUGGCAUGUAAUUUUUAACAGUUUAUAAAGAUUUCUAUUCUCAA